CUAGGUGAAGCCGACUUGGGGAAUGGUGACGCCUACCAAAACAAUGCCUCUUUUUUUUGUUGUAGCAGUUGUAUAGCGAAAUUGCCGUGAUAAAUGUAAAGAAGCAAUUACCUAAUACGAGCGAUCGAAGUGACGAGUGGAGUUUUCAGUUGCAAAUAGCCGCAACCUUAGCAUUACAACGAAUCGGGAAGGUCUGCGGAAAGUGCUGUUCCUAAUGCGUUUGGAUAGAUGGGGAGUUCAUGUGCUUUUCAAAACCUUCUCUGGAUUUUCCUGUUUUACUGCUUAGUAGGUGACUCAGUGGAAGACGAAGAUAAGCAAGUUCUAGUCACGGUGCCGUCUGGUAAGGUGACUCGGCGAGUAGCUGAUGACCUGAACCUAACAUGCAAAGUAUUUUCCGAUGCAAAAUAUUACAUAUCAUGGAGGAUACCUCAAAACAGACAGCUACAAGCCGAUCGCAUCAAAUUGGAAGAUGGCUUCAAUACACAGUCAGUGACUGUUUACCAACUGCAAGAUUACGAUGCUGGCGUGUACAGUUGCAUUGCCCGACAUCGUGACAGAGUCCUUACAAAAGAGAUCUUUGUAUCAGUUGUGCAGUCCGAGCCGAAGCCGUGCUCUGACCAUUCCUUUCCUUGCGAAAAUGGACAUUGCAUUCCAAGGCGAUUUGCCUGCGAUGGUCGCAUGGAUUGCAAUGAUGGAUCGGAUGAAUCGAAGAUUGUUUGUGGGUCAGACCCGUGCAAAGACAAGGUAUUGUGUGAAGAUGGCCGUUGCCUACCACGAUCCUUUUGUUGUGACCCAGCAACCGAUAUCAGCUGUCAACUGAGUUUCCUGCUGCCAUGUUGCAAGCAGUACUUGGCCAGUAUAGCGACUGAAGCACUAUUUCCAUCCAAAGCAGCUGGCACCCUUCCGCCACAUCGGCGAUACAGUGGAAAUGUGGAGUACCUGCCAUCAUCCGUAUACACCGUUGUCAGCUGCGCAGUGGUCUUCAUCUUUGUGGCGACGGUCAUGGUUGCUGCAAUCUGUCGCAUUCACAUGCGCCGCUCCGCGAUGGCCAUGUUUCCAACUCACGUAACGCCAGCGUCUUCUACAGAGAGGCACCGUUUCCUGCCCUGGUGCAGCCAUCAUCAGCCACGGUUCUCAGCCCGUCCAUCUAGCCUAAACACCCACCCGUGCUCUCACCUGCCCUUUGGGGGCAACCUACGCACUGUCACCUGUCCACAUGGCAGCUACGUUGUAGCUGCCUAUAGCAGCUCGCAAGGCAAAGUUCACUUUUUUCAGCAUCUUCCAAAGCCACCGGACUAUUCCCCCGCAGCGGAUGACCCUCCACCUCCGUACUCGAGUACCGACAACUUAUGCGUUGCUGUUGCUAAUGAAAGUGCAGUUGGUAAUGACGAGGGGAGAAAGACUUUUACCCAAAGUGUACAAAUCCCACCAAGCUUGCACCACUUGUGUUCCGCUACCAUAAACGCCCUAGCGGAUGACGAUAACGCUUGCGUAGCGGUUGCAUCUGCUAGCGGUGAGUCAUCUCCGUUGCUUUCGGUGACAGAGCAAAGCAGCACAUCCUCCGGUGCGCCAGGGCAUGGGGAAUUGUCUGAGACAGCAGUGAAACAUGUGGCCUAAAAUAGUACAGUGCUUUGGAAAAAAAAAGACUCGUACGAAAGGCUUUACUUCUUUGUACAGAAGCUAUUCUCUUCUUUUUGGCAUCCUACGAUGUAGUAGUAUUUUUUUACCCGUUUGAAUGGCAACCUGUAGGACUGUUACAAACAUGUACUCUGCGGGUAAAUCACUUUUAAUAAGUUCCUGGGUACUGCACAUAGUUGUUACCAUUUGACCGUCUGUUGUAUGGUGUGCCAGUGUUGUCAUUCGCGGAGGAAGUCACGAUAAGAAGUUUCAUACGGGACAGUGCAUAUCAACCUCCUAGGUUGUGGCUUUACAGGUGUAGUCACUCGCACUCAGUGAAUGCAUAGGACUUUGGCAUAUCUC